UUUUUGGCUAAAAUGUAAAACUUUCGCAUUAAGUUUCAUCAGAACUUACUCCUAAAGUUUCAUGAAAACUUGGACUGAACUUUGGUUGAAUUCUGGUGCUUUUUAAUUUUUGCUUUUCUUUUGAUGGGUUUCUCAUAUACAGCUUUUGUGUUCUUUGGAUUACAACUCUUUUAGAGAGAGAGAGAGAGAAAUAUAUAUGUUUGAAAUUUCAUCUGUAAUCUUCAUCCAUUUUUGCAAAAAAUUAACAUUUUGAUUCGUUUUAUGUUAUGGUUUUGUAUUGAAAGGUGUUUUUCUAACAAAGAUUAUACCAAUUUGUAAUUUGAGCUCUUUCAGUUGUACAUUCACUCUUCCUCUUCCUCAGCUGAGAAACAGAGCAUUGGGGUUUUUGGACUGAGGAUAGAGGCAAUUUUGUUUAGCUUUCAAUUUAAGCAUCUGGGAAAUUCAAUUUGGGAGUUUUCUUUUCUGUUCAACAAGUUUUGUGUGAAAUUUUUUUUGGUUUGCGGGAUUUUUUUUUUUUUAAUUUAAAUUUUGGGGGUUAAGGAAUUAAAGCUAUAGCAGUAUGAUGGAGCGAGAGACCAUACCUUUCAAACAAGGAUGGGAGCUAAUGCAGAAGGGGAUCACAAAGCUGAAGAACAUUCUAGAAGGGUUGCCUGAGCCGCAGUUCAGCUGCGAGGAGUACAUGAUGCUCUACACAACCAUUUAUAACAUGACUACACAGAAGCCUCCUCAUGAUUAUUCCCAACUGCUCUACAAUAAGUAUCGGGAAACAUUUGAAGAGUACAUAACUUCAACGGUAUUGCCAUCUUUACGAGAGAAGCAUGAUGAAUUUAUGUUGAGAGAGCUUGUAAAAAGGUGGGCAAACCACAAAGUAAUGGUGAGAUGGCUUUCUCGUUUCUUCCAUUAUCUUGAUCGAUAUUUUAUUGCUCGGAGGUCACUUCCGCCCCUUAAUGAAGUUGGACUUACUUGCUUCCAUGAUCUGGUCUACCAGGAGUUCAAUGGAAAAGUUAGGGAUAUUGUAAUUUCUCUGAUCAAUAAAGAACGUGAAGGAGAGCAGAUUGAUCGAGCUUUAGUGAGGAAUGUUUUAGAUAUAUUUGUCGAGAUUGGAAUGGGGCAAAUGGAUCGGUAUGAAAAUGAUUUUGAAGCAGCGAUGCUUAAAGAUACUGUUGCUUACUAUUCUCAGAAAGCUUCCAGCUGGAUUCUAGAAGAUUCUUGUCCAGAUUAUAUCCUGAAAGCUGAGAAGUGCUUAAGACUAGAGAAAGAUGGGGUUUCUCUUUAUUUGCACUCUAGUAGUGAAGCAAAGCUACUGGAGAAAGUUCAACAUGAGUUUUUGUCUGUAUAUGCGACCCAACUGCUUGAAAAAGAUGACUCUCAAUGCCAUGCAUUGGUUAGAGAUGAUAGGGUGGAAGAUUUGUCAAGAAUUUCUGGGCUUCUUCUUUAUUUAUCAAAAAAUAAAGAAAGGUUCAGGCUUCUUUUUAAAAUACCUCAAGGAAUAGAACCUGUUUCCAGUAUAUUUAAGCAGCAUGUCACUGCUGAAGUAACAGCCUUGGUCAAACAAGCAGAAGAUGCAGCAAGCAACAAGAAGGCGGAGAAGAAGGAUGUGGUUGAUUUGUGGGAACAGGUUUUUGUCAGAAAAGUGAUUGAGCUGCAUGACAAAUACCUAGCAUAUGUGAAUGAUUAUCACACUUUUCAUAAGGCGUUUGAGGAGGCUUUUGAGGUCUUCUGCAACAAGGGUGUUGCUGGAAGCUCAAGUGCAGAACUACUUGCCACUUUUUGUGAUAACAUUCUUAAGAAAGGUGGAACUGAGAAACUGAGUGAUGAAGCCAUUGAAGAAACACUUGAAAAGGUAGUUAAGUUGCUUGCUUAUAUCAGCGAUAAAGACCUGUUCGCUGAAUUCUAUAGGAAGAAGCUUGCUCGACGGCUUCUUUUUGACAUGAGUGCUAAUGAUGACCAUGAGAGGAGUAUUUUGAUGAAGCUUAAGCAUCAAUGUGGUGGUCAGUUCACCUCAAAGAUGGAGGGAAUGAUUACGGACUUAACAUUGGCUAGGGAAAACCAGACCAGCUUUGAGGAGUAUCUUGGUAAUAAUUCACAUGCAAAUUCAAGGAUUGACUUGACUGUUACUGUUCUGACUACUGGCUUUUGGCCAAGUUACAAGUCUUUUGACCUCAACCUUCCACCAGAGUUGGUCAAGUGUGUGAAAGUUUUCCAGGAAUUCUAUCAAACAAAAACAAAGCACAGAAAACUUACGUGGAUAUACUCUUUGGGUACUUGUAAUAUCAGUGGGAAAUUUGAACCCAAAACUAUGGAACUGAUUGUGACCACUUAUCAGGCUUCGGCCCUGUUGCUUUUCAAUUCCUCAGAUAGAUUGAGUUACUCAGACAUCAUGACAGAAUUAAACUUGACCGAUGAUUACGUUGUUAGAAUUCUCCACUCCUUGUCAUGUGCGAAGUACAAUAUUCUGACCAAGGUGCCAAACACGAAAACAAUAUCUCCUACUGAUUACUUCGAGUUCAACUCAAAGUUUACUGACAAAAUGAGGAGGAUCAAGAUUCCUCUCCCUCCUGUGGAUGAGAAGAAGAAAGUAAUUGAAGAUGUUAUUUUGGACAGACGGUAUAACAUUGACGCCUCGAUGGUGCGCAUCAUGAAGAGCCGUAAAGUUUUAGACCACCAGCAGCUGGUCAUGGAGUGUGUUAAGCAGUUGGGUCGCAUGUUCAAGCCCGAUUUAAAGGCAAUAAAGAAGCGAAUUGAAGAUCUGAUCACACGAGAUUAUUUGGAAAGAGACAAGGAUAAGCCUAAUUUGUUGAGGUACUUGGCAUGAGGUGGCCUAGUUGAAUGUCACCAAAUGAAUUUGUGACUAUUACUGCUGCAAAUAACAAAGAAAAUAGGCUAAGUUCGUGGUGGAAAGAAAAUGGGCAAAGGCAUGUACAUAAAUGCCACCAUGUGAGUGCCUCUCUUGGUGAUUGCUUAGUAGCAGUACGCGGAGAACGCUUGUAAAUUUUUCCUUGGAAGAGAAGUAUUGGACAAUUACUGUAGAUUGAGCACCCAUGUUGGAGAAAUUGUAAUCGAUUCCAUAAAGUGGUACAGUGCACUAGUUGGAUCGGCGCUGUAUCUUUGUGUUGUAAUUUAUUAUAACUAGUUAUAUACCCAUGCGUUGCAUGUGAUAAUUUUUUUA